AUGGAUUUAAUAUGGAUGAGAUCACCUCAAAUAAUGAUGAUGAGCGAUUAUUAUUGUUAUUUCAAGAUUCCUUUCGACUUAAACAACUUUUUUUUUGUGUUUGCUUUAAGUAGUGCAAGCAGCGUGUUGGAUUGUUUUGGACUUAAAAUGAAAUGGAAAUUAAUUCAAAGUCGCUUUAAAAAUGUGUCGCAAGGCCAAAACAUGACUGAUAAGUUAAAUGAAAAAAUAUUACGCGACGACGUCGAUGAUCUAUUGAGAUUUGUUCUUGAUGAUGUAGAUAACUUACAUAAUGAUGAUGCUGUCCCGGGAAUCUCCCUUCAAACACGCAAUGACAUCAUCUGA